AUGACCAAUGUCGAGGAGCUCUUUAAAAAACCAUCCUCUACCGGAAGCGUUAAGCGCAAGUUUGAGCCCAUCCAAGAUCCAAAUGAGCUGUAUAAAUCAGCGAAGCUAGAUCCAAGUAGCGAUGCAAGAUCUAAGGGUAAAGCGCCAAUGGUGGAGGACGAUAUUGACGACGGGGAAGCUGGACCCGAGCUCCCUCCAGACUUCGAGGAAGAUAUCCCGGACGACGAGGAAGGCCGUUUCUUCGGCGGUGGAAUGGAACACAAAACAGCCCAAGCAAUGGAAUACAUCGAUCAACAAGAAGUUGAGGCUCCGCCCGAGGUCUUUGACUCUGCGUGGGUGCGCCGCUUCGCAUUGAAUUUCGAGCGCAAGAUAUCCAAAAACGCCGAGUUACGCGCAAAGUUUGAAAGCGAUCCACAAAAGUUCAUGGCUUCCGAGGCCGAUCUCGACACUGAGAUUAAGGGCUUGUCAAUCUUAUCUGAGCAUUCGGAAUUAUACGAGGAAUUUGCCAAGAUGGGAUGUGUGGCAUCCUUGACCUCCCUGUUGGCGCACGAGAACGCCGACAUCGCGAUAGAUGCAAUCCAGAUCAUCGGCGAAUUGACAGACGAAGACGUGGAGACAGAGCAAGUGCAAUGGGAUGCCCUGGUCAAUGCGAUGAUGGAGGCGGAUCUUAUCGAACUGUUGGCCCAGAAUCUCUCCCGACUUGAUGAAGGGUCUGAAACGGAUCGUGCGGGAGUGUACUAUGUGCUCAGCGUAUUUGAAAACCUGGCCUCCCAGACGGCACACGCAGAGACAAUCGGAAAGGACGCUGCAAUCUUACCAUGGAUCCUGUCUCGCAUUCAGCAAAAAGAGGCAGCAGUCACCCAAAACAAGCAAUAUGCCGCAGAGAUACUUGCAAUCCUUCUCCAGUCUACUCCAAAUAACCGCACGAAGUUCAUUGAGCUCGAUGGUAUUGAUGUUCUCCUCCAGCUCCUUAGUGCGUAUCGCAAAAGAGACCCGGUUAAGGACUCUGAUGAGGAAGAAUUCGCGGAGAAUCUAUUUGACGCACUCAUCUGCCUUGUAGAAGAAGAUUUAGGGAAGGAGAAAUUCGUGGAAGCCGAAGGAAUUGAACUCGCACUGAUCAUGCUCAGGGAGGGCAAAUUCAGCAAACCACGUGCACUGAGAGUUCUUGACCAUGUCCUGGGUGGAACUGGAGGUGCGCCGGCGUGUGAAAGAUUGGUGGAAGCAGCUGGCCUCAAGACAGUCUUCGGCAUGUUCUCAAAGAAGCAAGAGAGUCAAAGCAUCGAACAUUUCCUUGGAAUCUUCGCCUCCCUUCUCCGUCUUCUCCCUGGUGGUUCGGGGCCUCGCAUCCGCACAUUGGCCAAAUUCAUGGAAAAGGACUAUGCGAGAAUUGAGAAGCUUAUCAAACUUAGGCGCGAAUAUGCUGCACGUGUCUCGCCUGUCGAGCAAGCCAUCGAACAAGAGCGCAGAGCCUUUGCCAAGGAGGAGCAAGAACUCAUGGCUGGCGAGUGGCUGUCUAGGCGAUUUGAUGCGGGCUUGUUCUCAUUACAGACCAUUGAUGUCAUUCUAGCAUGGCUACUCGCUGAAGACGAUGGAGCAAAGGCGAAGAUUGUCUCGGUUCUUGCAGACCGCGAUGAGGAUUUAUCUUUGGUCCGCAGUACUUUACAAGAACAACUGGAAGGGCUUAAUGAGGAGGAUGCAGGCCAUCAAGAUCUGAAGGAGAUGCUAAGCACCCUUUUGCAGUUUUUGUGA